AUGGAUCGGCCCGUACAGCUUUCCAGCUUCGCCAACAGUUUCCUUCCUAUCCACAUGCUGCCGAUCAUGCCUCCGCGUGGAGGAUUCUCCUCCGUCACACCACGCACAGCAGCGGUUGAUGCUUCAGGCACAAAGAUUGUCACAUGUUCUCAACCAAGGGUCGGAUGCAUGCAGAUCCGGUAUUUCAAGAACUGGGAUGCAUCUGUCUCCCUGAUCAGCAAGAUUGAAGGAGGCUAUACCGUGCCAAUGCAAGUUCCAGCAAGCUGGGGCUGUUCUACGAGCUCCUUUGAUGCCUUGAGCGCUGGUUCCAUGAGCCUGGCAAGCUUCAGUGCGCAGCUUGAAGAUGCAAAUGCUACCCGCACCUGGUUCUUGCGCGUCUUGGGCCUCGUCUUCACCUGGUUGACGGUGUAUUGCUGCUUUCAGCCAAUAGCCGCCGCUGCAGACAUUGUAGGUGAUUGUCUUGCAUACAUCCCAUGCGUUGGGGAGUUCAUGGAGGAUUUGCUGGAAGGUAUGGUUGACACCCUUCUCUGCAUGGUGUCCUGCGGUGUUGGCUGCUCGUGUGGGCUGCUCGUGAUCGGCAUCGUGUGGCUCUUCAUGAGACCUUUGAUUGGUGGCGGUCUGCUGCUAGUUUGCGUGGUGCUGGGAAUCUGCGCCUUUGCAGUGGCACAUCAGCACAAGGCAAACAAAGACAUCAGCGACCAGUCAGUCCAACUCAAGGAGAUGUAUGACAAUGACUCACCCUGA